AUGUAUUACACUUCUGACGACGUUGAAAAUUGUAAUAAUUCGACAGAAAAUUCGAAACUUGAAAAACAAAGAAAAAAAGAAAAACGAACUGACAGGCAAACUGACAGACUGAGACAGACAUACACAAUGAAAGACACAAACAAAGGAAAAAGCACAGCCAAACAAUCGAUCACUAAUCAACAAUGGUACUACUACCGACCUCAAACGCAACAUCCACAACAGCAGCAACAACAGCAGCAGCAACAACAGCCACAAGAGCUAGAGCAAAAGAUGGGACUGUCGGAAAAGAUUCACAUAACAUCCCACUGUAUGGAGGGCAGAUUCAAAGCAGGUGAGACAUCACGAACGUGUGCGGCGGUCAUGAGGGCUCUCCUCAACACUGGCUGCCAGGUCUUCCUCGGACAAGCUGCCCACUUCCACCCUCUCUCCGUCGAACUCAACAAAAAGUUCAGUUUCUUCGGAGAGCCAUCGGCGUUCAUCAUCUACGAUUCCGACCUCUACGAAGCCUCAGAGCACCUCUGGUCACCGCAGGUCAAAGUUGAAGGUGACGUGAAGCAGGCCAUCUGUCGUUUGAAAUCGAAAAUCAUCCCGGGCUUGGAAUUUUUCGCUCUCUCUUGGUUCGUGAACGAGCAGUAUCACAACCAAGAUGGCGCUAGAAAAUGUCAAGAACUCUUCAGGCACUUGAUUAAUUUAAUUCGUCUGCUCGGAAAGGAACUUCCCGUAGUAGUUGGCGGCAACCAUCAAAUAAACGUGCGUGAGGCCAAACACUUGAUCGCCAUGGAAAGGCAGGAGUGCGACGUCGAUGGCAUCAACAUCCUCUGCUUCGUCUACGAACCUGAAACGCUAAGAAAGAGAGUGCGAUCGUGCGGCUUCUUUGUUUGCGGCCACAAGUUUUUAGACUACAAGAUCUCAAAAGAAAAAAGUCCGAUAACGUUCGAUCCAAAUGUAGACACAGAUAAGGAAACGGAUACCAAAAUAAGUCCCGUCUUCUCGCGCAGCAUCAAAGGGAAUGUUAUCCUAAACGGACGAAGAGACGACAAAUGGAGGAAUCCUGAGGAUUCAUUUUACUGGGAUCCCUUCUGUGUUGACGUGGAGGUGGCAAACCUGUUGGAAACCAUUAUGAAAAUUGCAUCGACCUCUAGGAGGAAGUUAUCCAUCCCGAAACCGAUCGCCCAGAAAUGUGAGAGGACCUCUGAUAACUUGGUGGUUGUUAGCAACUUGCAGCAUCUGGAUCUGGCUUGCCAGUCUCUUCCUCAUCAUCCUCAUCAUCUUCCUCAUCCCCACCAUCAUCAGCAGGAUGAUCGCUAUCCGGAGCAGCCUGAUUCACCGCAAUCUGACGAUAAUCAUUAUCAUUACCACGAUGUUGUUGAGAAGUUUGAUGAUGAUGGGUUGAACCACAACAACAACAAUAACAACAACAACAACAACGACGUCGACGACGACGAUGAUUAUCGUUACGUCGGCUGUCGUGCGAACAACCAGUUACAAACUCACCACUACCAGCAGCAGCAGAAGCAGCCACAUAAACAUCAACAACUACAAAUUGAGCAACAACAACACACAAAACAACUCGCUAAAUUAAACGAAUUGAGAGGUUUCUUAGAAAAUCUCGAAAGGAAACAAGACGAGAAGAGCAUUAAUAAUAAUUACAACGACGACAAUGUUGAUGACGACGCGUGUUAUUCACCAUCAUUUCAACCGUAUUCUCAUCAGCAACUACUCCAGCCGUACGCAUUUCAACAAUAUACACAACAACAGCAACAACAACAACAACAACAGCAGCAACAACAACAUACUUUUCCACCCUACAAUCAACAACAGCAACAAUAUCUACAACAACGACAGCAAUAUUUACAGCAGCAGCAGCAGCAACAACAACAACAACACGAACAACAUUUCUACCCCAUAGAAGCAUUCCCAUGUUGCAUGAAUGAGGCCAAGUCUCUGAGUACAAUCAGUGAGUACGAUGAUGAAGCUGGCUCGACAAGUGCCGAAUCAUUCGUCACCGAUGACGACGAUUAUAGGAUCGAGAUCGAUAAAAGAUUACAAAUAAGCAAAGAUGGCAGAGAUCAACUUGGAAACCACAGGAAAGAAUUGAUCUCAAAAGUUGAAAUAAGCGGACAGCUACGCGAGCAACAGCAUCGUGAUCAACUACUUGAUAACGAACAACAACGCAGCGGUUUAGAAGUUGAAGAUGAACGCGCUUCAGAAGUUGACAAUGACGUCAUAGUUGUUAACGGAAGUGAUGGAGACGUUGUUCCUCCGUGUGACGUCAUGUAGUUCCUUAUGGAACGUAGUCAAAUGUUUUGCGAAAUAGUUUUUUUUAACUAAUUUUUUCUCCUUCUAUAUCCAUUUUUAUAUUUUAUCUUCAUAAUUCAAAUUUUAACAGCCGGUUUUUCUAGUUAGAUUGACCGCUAAUUUAUUAUUUCAUUGAUCUAUAUUUCAAACUUUCGACCGCUGGGCUUUCCUAACUUGCUGCAAAUACCAAACGUUUUUUAUCAUUCUCAUAUUCAUACCAUUUAUAAUUCACACACACACGCGCACACACACACACGUUUAUCGUUCUAACCAAAAUUUUGUUGUAAAUAUUGGCUUUAUAAUCUGCAGUUAGCUAGCUUGACUGGCUUCUAGUUAAAUUAUUUGCUAAAAAAAUGAUUUCGGCCAAAUGCUGCCUGCUACUGUUUUUAACAUGUUAUCUUAAUUAUUUCUUAUUUCAUUCAAUUUAUUAUUAUUUAAUAAUAAUAAUAAUAAUAUUAUUAUUUCUUAAUUUUAGAACAGUUAAGCGAUCUAAGUUACGUCAUUACCCGAUUUAAUUAUGACUUAAAAGAGAGUUUCUCAAUUUUUUGCAGGUUUAUUCUAUUCUCACAUAUAUUUUCAUUUUUAAUAACUGCAACGAUAAUGCUUGA